GCGAAGUUUGUGUAACAUUUUUUUUUUUACCACGACUAACUGAGAGAUGGAGACAGCGGUAUACACUUCUGUUGUGAAGUAAAAGGAGCCCAGGGAAAAUUGAACGGUGGUGUCCUACAUCUAAACAGCUACGUCUCAUCACUGUGAUUUAAACCAGUGACAGACCACACCACGGCGUUCCAGACCACCUGUACCAGCUUCCAGCUACUAUGUCCUAGCUAACAGCGACCAAGCCCCCUCCCCUGACCAUCCUGUCCCUUAAAUCCCAGUCCCUGUCCCUCUCCCCUUCCUUCAUCUACUCUGGUUGUAGCACCAGCGGCUCCCCGUCUGGCGUGAUGAGCAGCCUGCACCAGCAGCAUCAUGGCAGCACAGGCUCAGAGCGAGACCUUCACUCUGCUGCCUCCUCUGUUAGCCUCCCCUCAGUUAGAAAGACCCCCAAGAAGCGCCGGCUGUCCCUCCACUCACUCUUCGGUCGACGGCGGCGGCCUGACCGCGACCCCAAGCGUAAGUCCAGGCCUCUGCAGGCUGGCGCUGGAGUGGAUGGCAUUGUCAGCACCGAAAGUGUCCAGCAAGAGACUUUUAAUGAAAAAACGUCUGCCCAGUCCGCACCGGGCGUAGCAUCGACUUCAUCAGCAUCGGGUUCCUCAUCAGAGCUGCUGGAAUGCCCUCUGUGCCUGCUGCGCCACGCACGCGAGCGCUUCCCAGACAUCAUGACCUGUCACCACCGCUCCUGUGCAGACUGCCUGCGACAGUAUCUGCGCAUCGAGAUCUCGGAGUCUCGAGUCAACAUCUGCUGCCCCGAGUGCUCGGAGCGCUUCAACCCCCAUGACAUCCGUUUGAUCCUGGGGGACCGGGCCCUCAUGGAGAAGUACGAGGAGUUCAUGCUGAGGAGGUGGCUGGUGGCUGAACCUGACUGCCGCUGGUGCCCUGCCCCUGACUGUGGUUACGCAGUCAUUGCAUUUGGCUGUGCAAGCUGCCCAAAGAUCACCUGUGGGCGUGAGGGCUGUGGGACAGAGUUCUGCUACCACUGCAAACAGCUGUGGCAUCCCAACCAAACAUGUGACACAGCACGGCAGCAAAGGGCCCAGACCUUCCGGCUGAGGAGUUUCAGGUCCUCCUCCCUCAGCUACAGCCAAGAGAGUGGAGCAGCAGGCGAUGACAUCAAACCGUGCCCUCGUUGUGCUGCCUACAUCAUCAAGAUGAAUGAUGGAAGCUGUAAUCACAUGACCUGUGCUGUCUGCGGCUGCGAGUUUUGCUGGCUCUGCAUGAAGGAGAUCUCUGACCUGCACUACUUAAGUCCAUCAGGCUGCACCUUCUGGGGGAAGAAGCCCUGGAGCAGAAAGAAGAAGAUCCUCUGGCAGCUCGGCACAUUGGUGGGCGCCCCCGUCGGCAUCGCCCUCAUAGCUGGCAUUGCUAUCCCUGCAAUGAUCAUUGGCAUCCCGGUGUAUGUGGGCAGAAAGAUCCAUAAUCGCUAUGAGGGCAAGGAUGUCUCUAAGCACAAGAGGAAUUUGGUAAUAGCUGGUGGUGUGACACUGUCUGUGAUCGUGUCGCCUGUGGUCGCAGCAGUCACUGUUGGUAUCGGGGUCCCCAUCAUGCUGGCUUACGUCUACGGAGUUGUCCCGAUCUCACUGUGCCGGAGCGGCGGCUGCGGAGUGUCUGCUGGCAAUGGCAAAGGGGUUCGAAUCGAGUUUGAUGACGAAAACGACAACAUAGGUAGCGGGGCAGCAGCCACAGACACGACCUCGGUGGCUGAGACUCGGCUCAACAAUCCCAGCCUCGGAGACGGAGCGAGCGUCGGCGGCCUGACGGGCCUCAGCCUCAGUGUCAGUGGGAGCCACAUGGAGCGCUGCGGCAUGAGCUCCACACAACGGGACAACAUGAGCGACAACGCCAGCACCACAGCCCUCGCUGGGACCAGCAUCACCGGCAGCCUCUCCGGCAGCUGCUACAACAGGAUGGAGGUCCAGGCUGAUGUGCAGAAAGAGCGCUGCAGUCUGAGCGGGGAGUCAGCCACCGUCAGUCUCGGGACUAUCAGUGACAACGCGAGCACAAAAGCCAUGGCAGGAUCUAUCCUCAAUGCUUAUAUGCCUCUGGAAAGAGACAAUAGUCUGGAAGUUCAGGCAGAGGUGGAGUCCAAACAGGAGAAGGUGAGGCACUGCAGCGCCAGCAGCAGCCUGGAUGAAGCCAGCUGUAGCAGUAGCACCAACGGCCUUAAAGGUGCUAGCGGCGGCACAUGCUCAUGCACGUCUGCCUGCUGCUGUGCGCAGCACGACAACCAAUGCUGCUUCUCAUCGCCGUGGUCAAAGGAACCCUCCACUUCAGGUGACAAUAGGAGCAAAGGAAAGCUUUGGAAAAGAGCCAGCAGCAGCAGCAGCAAGGGAGAAACUAAAAUUAACGAGACCCGGGGAGAUGUGGACGCUCAGCUCCUGGAGCAGGGCAGCACCAACUCCUCUGAGUUUGAUUCACCAUCGCUGAGCGGCAGUUUGCCCUCAGUGGCCGACUCACACUGUAGCCACUUCUCAUCGGAGCUCAGCUGCUCGGAUCCUGAAACCUCACGACCAGCUCAUCCACCGUGCUCCGCCCCAAUGGACCACCAUCCCGCCACCGCCUUCAAUGACGUCACCAUCGCACCCAUGCCCGAGGUGGAGCACGACCGCCUGGAGCACUAUCCACCUCAGAGUAGCCAUCCAGCCUUCACCCACCGCCUACUGUCGUCAUCUCCACCUGCUUCACCAAAAGAGGGAAGCAGUGGGACGUUCCUGCACAUCAGCGAGGAAGGCAGAGGCGACAUUGGAGACACCGACCCGGAGAAAGACGAGAAAAUAAAGGAGACCACCAAAAACACUGCCACGCAGCCUGUAAGCCCAGCAAUGAAGCGCUGUAUACAGACGGAUAUCUAAAGGAGCUCUCCUCUUCUUUGGGUAUUGCCGGUGUUAGCACUGCUAGCUCAGUCAGCCUUAUCGCCUAGUUUCAAUCUUGAGUGCAUCUUCAAAGCCGGUGGUCAAGUUUAAGGCUAAAAAGUCUAAUUAUAUUUUAACUGCUGUGGAGGCAGGAGUAUUAUGUGAAUGUCAGCCUGUACAGUUACAGAGAGGGUCGAGGUCCAAGUUGGAAAGAGAUUUUGUGAAUGAAGUAGACGCGAGAACAGUAAAGUCAAGCAAGAUGAGUUUGUUCUGUUCUUCAGUGAAAGAGCAAGCAGCCAUGUGUGAACAGAAGUUCCAGCCAGGUCAGUAGGUGGAGUUGAAUGUAUGUGGAUGGUGUAAAGUAUGUUAUCAGCGUGGUGAGAUACUACAGAAGGCCCAUCCAGCAAUUAUGAUGAUCUGCAAAAUCUGACCCCUGAAUGAUUGCAAGCUCAAGAUCCCUUUUCCUGAUGCUCACCCAAAGCAGAACUGAUAAAAGCUGGAUAGGAAGAAGUAAAUAUGUCCGAUAUUCUUUUCAAUAGUAAGUUGAGCUGCUAUGUUAAAGCCUGUUUUUCCCUCGUGACACCUGCAAAUAUCUGUUUUUUUCUUCGGGGAUUUGCAUGAAUCAGGGAUGGAUAUGUCAUCACUGUGGUCCACCGCUGUGCCGCCAGUUCAUUCUGUGACUUCUUCAAAUGGCAUGAGAAACACCACAGCUAAAGUAUUGUCGAACCUAAGAGGGACCAAUCCAUACAGUAGCAAAUUUUAUUUUUCCAUAAUCACCUAUAAGAAGAAUUAUUCUUGUUGCUUUUUGUUUAUAAUGUGACUCUUGUUUUUUGUGCUUUGUCUUUGCUUAUUUUUAUUUUCCAUUUUGGGAAAGUUGGUGUUAAUGUUGAAGCCCUGUGUUGGGUCCAAACUUUAUAGUAUGAUCGGGUGAGACGCCUCAAGCUGCAGCCUUUUUUUCCCUUUUAAAACAUUGGGGAUUUAAGACAGUUGACAUCUUGCAUUAAUUCAUCUUCACAAGCCCCUGUCUGCACCAAAAAAAAAAAUUGUUUAUGGUUGCACCUGCGCAAAUGUAAACCAAGUUUUCACUGCAGUUUUUCCUGUAUCAUGGAAUUGUGAGAGGUUUAUAUAAGAAGGAGAGUUUUAUGUUCUUCCAUGCAAUGGUAAAGGAGAAAAGCCCAAAUUUUUUAAUAUCAAACUGUAGCAUUUCUUACAAUUUAUGGGGCUUGUUUUAAUUAUUAGUCACUAAAAACUGGGAAGUCAACCAAACUAUGUAUUUGCAAUAAUAAGCUCUGAUAUACUUAAAGGUGCAAUGAGAAACUCUUGUGUGUUUGAGCACAUGCAUCUGUCAGUGAUUUAAUAUUCAGUCAUGAAUUUAUGAUAUACGGUAAACGUUUUGAUUCUCCCUCAGUAAUAUCCAAAUCAAAAUCUAAUGUCUGAUUCAGAGAUUUGGGUGUAUUUUAACGAAAAUACGUUUUCUGUUGUUCUCUUAAAUCCUUCCAAUGAUUAAUGCAAAUGAUUUUUAUAUUUGUUGGACCCACAGUGCCUUUGGGGGGAAAUCCUUUGUAUUAUGUUUUUAUUUUUAUUUCCUUUUCCUCAUUCUGUAUGUCUUCAAAUGAUAAGCAUAAAAGUCAUGAGGGAGUGAAUUCUAUUUGCCCUACAAAAUGCUUGAAAUCUCAUGUUGAACACUCACCGUCCCCCGAAUGCUAAUGCUAGCUGUUACACUAGCUUGUGUAGCCUACCAAAGACUGCUCGGGACUGCUCUCAGGCCACUGCAGUUUAAACUACAACACUUGACAGAAUCGCUAAUGGAGUUAAUGAUACCUGAAUGAUUUCUGCUUUAACACAGUUAAGUCCAUGAGGUUUAAAAGUGGCCUCUGCGCAUUAGAAUAUUUUUCCCUAAAGUAGCCAAAGUCAGUUCACCCUGUGUUGUCGGUCAGCUCUGCAAUUUGAGCAUCAGAUGUUGCGUUCAGCGAAUUGUCAGCCUGGCCACAGAUUCUCUGCUGUGAUGUCGACUGGCCAAGCUCAACGCAGAGUUGGUCAUCAGAGAAGCUGUGGCGUCGACUGAAAGAGCGUCUGGGCGCCUCAAACGCCUCCAAAACACCUGUUAAAUACCUGUGAGUUUUAUAUUAUUAUUUGAAGACUAGUGCCAGGUCUGUUUUCUAACUUGGUCAAAAGAAGCUUAUGCUAUUCGAAAAGGUAUAUAUUCCCUAAUUAUUUGCUUUAUAAUGUGCAUGUAAAUGCAUAUCCUUAAACAAUAAAACUCUCA